AUGGAGGAGGAGAUGCAGCCGGCGGAAGAGGGGCCCAGCGUCCCCAAAAUCUACAAGCAGCGCGGGCCCUACAGCGUCCUCAAGACAUUCCCCAGCAAGAGACCGGCGCUGGCCAAGCGCUACGAGCGACCCACCCUGGUAGAGCUGCCGCACGUGCGGCCGCCCCCGCCGGCCUUCGCGCCGCAAGCCGCGGUCUCCAUCAGCAGCAGCGAGCCGCCGCCGCCACCGCAGCAGUUCCAGGCGCAGAGCUCUUACCCACCCGGGCCCGGCCGGGCCGCCGCCGCCGCCUCGUCGUCGUCUCCGUCCUGCACGCCCGCCGUGUCCCAGGGCCACCUGAGGACCCCAGCGCCGCCGCUCGCGGCCCCCGCCGCGUCGUCGUCCUCAUCUUUCGCCGCCGUCGUCAGGUACGGCUCGGGCCCGGCGGCAGCCGCCGCGGGCAGCAGCAGCGCGGGCGGCAACGGCGCCAGCCUGGAGCUCAGCGCAGAGAGUCGUAUGAUCUUGGACGCCUUUGCUCAACAAUGCAGCCGAGUCCUUAGCCUCUUAAAUUGUGGAGGAAAGCUUCUGGACUCCAGCCAUUCUCAAUCCAUGAUUUCUUGCGUAAAGCAGGAAGGCUCAAGUUACACUGAAAGACAGGAGCAGUGCCCUGUUGGCAAAGGGGUCCACAGUCAGACCUCAGACAAUGUAGACAUAGAGAUGCAAUAUAUGCAAAGGAAACAACAGACUUCUGCCUUCUUGAGGGUUUUCACUGACUCCCUACAAAAUUACCUGCUCUCCGGGAGCUUUCCGACUGCAAACACCUCCUCAGUCAGUGAGUAUGGCCACCUGGCGGAUGUGGAUCCUCUAGCAACGUCCCCCGUGCACACAUUAGGUGGCUGGGCCUCCCCAGCGACAUCCGAAUCCCACGGUCACCCAUCCUCUUCUACGCUGCCUGAGGAAGAAGAAGAGGAGGAAGAGGAGGGCUACUGUCCUCGAUGCCAAGAGCUGGAGCAGGAGGUGAUUUCACUGCAACAAGAAAAUGAAGAGCUCAGAAGAAAGUUAGAGAGCAUCCCAGUGCCCUGCCAGACCGUUUUAGACUACCUGAAGACGGUGCUUCAGCACUACAACCAGCUUGUGAUCCCACAGCCAGCCGACCAGCCGGCCGAGGGAAGCAAGCAGCUGUUGAACAACUAUCCUGUCUACAUAACGAGCAAACAGUGGGACGAGGCUGUAAAUUCUUCAAAGAAAGACGGGAGGCGGCUCCUUCGAUACCUCAUCAGAUUUGUUUUCACAACCGAUGAGCUUAAGUACUCAUGCGGCCUUGGGAAAAGGAAAAGGUCAGUGCAGUCAGGAGAGACAGGUCCUGAAAGACGCCCUCUGGAUCCAGUUAAAGUAACAUGCCUCCGAGAAUUCAUUAGGAUGCACUGUACCUCCAACCCCGACUGGUGGAUGCCCUCGGAGGAGCAGAUAAACAAAGUGUUCAGUGACGCUGUGGGUCACGCUCGGCAGGGGCGGGCAGUGGGGACUUUCCUGCACAACGGAGGCUCAUUUUAUGAAGGGAUCGAUCACCAGGCUUCCCAGGAUGAAGUCUUCAGUAAAAAUUCCCAGGAUGGGUCUGGUGAUUAG